ACCAUUUGCCAAUGUUUCCUUCUCAUUCUACAUGAAUGAGUGUUAUUCUUAGCAGUCUCUUUCACUACAUAGAAACAGAGGCAGGAAACAGAAGGAAAACAUUCAUUCCACCUAUCCAGUGCUUCUACAUGAAAUCAUUUGGAAACUCACUGGCCCUUGUGGGUGGUGUUAUUACUGAGCCAGCUUUCCCUCAGCAUUCCAUUCAAACUCUCUAGUCCAGUUCCAGCCAGCCACCAGCCUGCAGACACUGCCAGUAUAGCUCCGGUACUGUCAUGAAGACAACGACUGCAGGUUUGCUGCUUCUAAUUCUGUUCCUUUGGGAUACGGCCUUGUUUGGAUUUGUGGAGGCUAGUCAACAAAAAUCCUCUGCUUUUAAAGCAGGUCAUUGUCCUCGAAAGUUAAAGGUGAAUCCUUCAAAGAGGGGCUGUCUGUGUGAUGAAGACUGUCCAGGUGCAGACAAAUGCUGUGUAUAUGACUGUGGAGCUGUUUGUGUCCCCCCAGCUUUCAGAAAGCCAGGUGUGUGCCCAUCAAUAAAAUGGGGAGCAGGAAUCUGCGCCGAAUACUGCUCAGAUGACAGUGACUGCCCAGGCAAGGAGAAGUGCUGCAGCAAUGGGUGUGGCCAUCAGUGCACAGCCCCACACACAGUGAAGCUGGGAAGAUGUCCACCUCCUAAAGGGACUUUGAUGUGUGCCGAAUUUUGCUACCAUGAUGGCCAGUGUCCUGGAGAGGAAAAGUGCUGCAAAACUACAUGUGGGCAUGCUUGCACCAAGCCUUGUUAGAACUGCUGUCCUUGUGCCAGAGCACAGACUAAGGGAAGGAAGAACCAGUUACGGGAAAAUGCAUUUUCAGUUCACCAAGCAAUCAACAACUUGACAAAUGGCAUGCAAAGUGUUUAUAUAUAUAUAUUUACAAUUUUUGCUUUUGCUUUGAGCUCUGCCUUGAUUUCAUUAAUGAUGCAGAAACUAGCCCUGAAAGGGUUUACAGAGGACUUUUUUUUAUAUAUGUAUGUAUCAAAGGAAAGCUCAUCUGCACUCAGUGCAACUAUUUUGUAUGAAGUGUUGAAUGGUAUUCCAAAUGUUACAUACUAAGUAGAAAGCUAAAAUGAAGUUGAAACGUGCUAAAAUGAAGUUGGAAUGUAAUUGCUGAGUGCAAAGGAUACAUUAUCCAUGCGACUGAUUCUAUACUACUGGGCUAAACAAACUUGAAUUUUUCCAUUUGUUAGAAGCGUUUCACUCAAACAAUUUUGUCAAGUAUGUAAUAUACAAGUACUGUGCAUAGCUUUCAGUUAGUUCAGCUCUGUGCAAUUUUUGGUUUAUAUUAAAAAGGUUCAACAGUA